UUUUAGAGGUAUAUAUAGGGCGGCAAAGAUAAUCUGUUCUCACUAUCCUUUCGGUACACUUGGGUUUAACUUCUCCCCCUUUUCUACCAACAUGAUAGCCUUUAUUGCUUUUUCUGCCCUGCUGGCCAUCGCCAGCGCCCAAUAUCCACAUCAAGGAUACCAGCAAGGUUACCAACAACCAGCUCCACAAGCAUACCAGGCUCCACAGCAGGGUUACCAACAGGCUCCAGCCUAUCAGCCCCAACCUCAAUCAUACCAACCACAGCCCCAGCAGCAGUAUCAAGCUCCACCACAGGCUUACUCUCCUGAGCCCCAGCAACGCCCAAAGGUCUUCAACCCAGCUGCAGUUCACUACGUGAACAUUGGCAAGGAACUCGCCGGUGACUACAAGUUUGGUUAUGAUACCGGUAAGGGUGACGGCCAGAGCUUCAGAGAAGAAACCAGAUUGCCUGACGGAACCGUCCAAGGAGCUUAUGGUUACGUUGAUGAGACCGGAAAACAGAGGGUGAUCAAGUACACUGCUGGUAAGAAUGGAUACCAGGUUGAAGGUGACGGUAUCCCCAAGGCCCCAGCAGCCCCUGCACCAGCACAAGCAGCCCCUGCUCAAGCUGCUCCAGGUGGUUAUGGUGGAGCUUAUGGUGCUCCCCAGAAUUAUGGUCCCCAACAAGGAUACCAUUAAUCGAAGCCAUCAAUCAACUGCAAACUUUGAACUUUUGAAUUAUAAAAGACCCAGGAGUACUCUCUGAAAUUUUAAGACCUUUCCUAUUUAAAUUAUUUUUCUUGUGUGACUAUUUAUUGUAGUUUCAGGGCAAACUUUUAAAAGUAUCAAAGCUAUUAAUCAAUCUACUAUUUCUACUAUUUCAACAAGUAUCUACAAUCUACUAUUUCAACAAGUAUCAGAGUCAAAAGCAAUGACUUAAAAUUUAAAAUCACCCCAAAUUUGUAUCUCUAAUAAGUUUUAAUUAGGAAAUACAGCAAUUCUUAAUCAGUUAUCUAGUCUUUGAUUAUAAUAUUACGAAUAUGAGUGUAUUGAGUAAAAUUUGGACAGUACCCUGUGCCUUUUGAAAUCUUAUAAAUAUAUUUUCAAGCUAUAUGAGAGUUGACGAUUGAUGUGCCGAUACUUGCAUUCCUAUACUAUACCAAAUAUUUUAAAAGAGCUGGAUUAAUACAAACCAGUUAAAGCAAUGAGGCUAUCAUGUGUUUAAACAGCAAAACCCAACUCUAUCGUUAUAGUCCUUCCUUUCUUUUUUCUUUCUUUCUUACUAUUGCACGUUGAAAUUUUAUUCGUGCUUUCUUUAUUUAUAAACUUUUCUAGAUAAUUGUCAACUAUAAAAAGCUAUUCCAAUAUACUUUCAAGUUCUUUGUAAUAUUUGUCAGAAAAAAAUUGGAUCCCUUUGUCAUUUAGUUCUCGAUUUAAAAAAAAAAGAGCAAAUGUUGUGAGUUUAGACAAAAUCGAUUAUGUUUUAAAGUGCUGUGCCAAAAAAAAGGAUCUUAGAAUAUUUUGUUAAUAUCGAUAUUUAAAACUUCUAAAUUGAGUGAUUUUAGGAAAAAAAAAGGAAUUCUUCAGUAAAUCUGGCAUAAAAACUACUUUGCAAGAAAUAUUGAAUGGUAAACCUAUUCUGUGAUAAAUUAACAAUUGUAACUAUUAGUAAUUGUAAUUAUUAGUUCAUGUGAUACGACUACCUUGUGAUGUUCUUUAUAAAAAUUCUUGUUUUA